CAUUACGCCGCUCGAUGACGCAGACGGCGGGAGUCUAGCCGAGAAGUAAACAUUCAGUCUAUCAUUGAUCAGAAUUAACAAUGGAAAGCAGAUCUUCUCGAUUGAACACACUGUAAAGCUUCUGCACACGACCAGAACCGACAGGAAUAUCUUCAUGUGAGCUCGCUCAGCUGUGUAGCGGAUGUAGCAGAGUGUAACACAUCACCGGCCUGCUGAUGGACACAGCUGUGUGAUGCAGGCAGCGGGGGAUGUGGAGUCCUCGCUCUCAGACCGAGUGGAGGUGAUGGGUGUGAAGGAAAACGAGGACAAAUCUACAGAAGAGGACACUGAAAAAGAAAGCGAAGAGGCUACUAAACCCGAGGACGAGAAAGAUGAGGAGAAAGACACAGAGUUACCAGAUGAAGACAAACAGAACGAGGGAACAAAGGAGGGUGAAGACAUGACCAACGGAGGCCAGAGCCAGCAGGAGGAUGACGAGUGGGAAAUCCCGUACAGUGACGAGGAGCUGGAGGAAGCUAAGACCUGGAUGCCUCCACCCGAGGAGAUCAAGCGUUUGUAUGAGCUUCUGGCUAAAGGAGAAAUGCUGGAGUUGAAGUGGAUCCCUCUGCCUCGCAGACCUCCAACUCCACCACGCACUCCUUCUCCAGAGAGAGAUGGAGAGAACUCGGACGAAGACAAGCAGGAGGAGAGCGAGCGCAAGCCUCCCACACCUACUGAGUUUGAUUUUGACGAAGAGCAAACCUCCAUGACUCCCAAGAAUUCAUUCCUUGUACGGCGCAGAACACCAGGCUCCUCCGCUCGUUCCUCUGUGAAGCGAACUGCUCGGCUCGACAAGGUGCUCUCCGACAUGAAGCGCCACCAAAAGCUCGAAGAACAGAUCCUCAGGACGGGUCGCGACCUUUUCAAAAGCAACAAAUCCACACAAGACCGCUCGUCUGCCGGCAGUCAGAGGGAAAGAGACAAGGAGAGAGAGAGAGACAGUGACCCCAGCACCAUCUUCAGCCCCAGACAGAGGAGAUACUGAGCGAAUGUAUACAGGAAUGGGGACAAAUUUGGGUCACACCCUUAUUUUGGGCUUGUGAUCCAUUUCAUUUUUAAGAAUAGAUGACUUGUUUCUUAUGAAUUUUUUUAUACAUUGAACACACUUGUGGAUUUGAGAGAUGAGAUGAAAUGUAUGAGAUACAGAGUGAAAUAUUAUCCAUAUUUGAAUAAAUGUCUUAUGUUGAUGAGAAUCUUUUAAUUUGUAGAGUAAACUUGUAUGAAAUGUUUUCUUUAAACCAGCACAAAGCUUCUGACCCAUAGAGUGGAUCAUGGAGCAUAGUGUCUGUUUCUUCAGCAUUUACUUUAUCAGCACAGCAGUCAAGGUGUAGCUGGUGCCUCAGUGGUUAAGAUGCUGGACUCCUGCUGGAAAGAUUGUGAGUUCGAAUCCUAGUAAAGUGUAGCACCAUCUGUACUAGACCCUGGAACAAGGCCCUUAACACUAAACGGCUCAACUGCAUUAAAUAUAAGGCACCCUGGAUAAGUGAAAUGUAAUUAAGUUCAAAUCUCAGGUCAGUCAUUGCUGGACCCAUGAGCUAGAUGACUUUGUUACCUGACUCCAUGGUCAUUUUUUCUUGUUUCUCUGCAUCAGAAAUGUAUUUCUAUACACAAGCAGUCAAAAGACUGGGCACACGACAUGAUAUUGUCUUAGAUCUUAGAAUUAAGUCCUUUAACCAAACAAGUCAUUUUUAUUUAGAUCCGAGAAGCUCAGCCUCUUGGGGAACUUUAAAGAGAUGAAGCUUGUUUGGAUGUGCGAGUCUUUUGUUGAGCAUUUGUCCAAACCGUUGACUGCUAGUGAACCUAAUUAAGGUUAUAUGGAUUUACAGGAAAUUAUAAUGAAAUAAUAAUAAUAAUAAUAAUAAAAAAAAAUCAUUAACCCUUUCAA